AUGUUGUCUAGUCCCGACGGCGAACCACUUGAGUCCAAGACACCGCCGCGAGAUGCUGCGUCUUGUUGCAUCCGCGCCGGAGAUGCAUCGGAUGGAAGCGGAGCGGGGUUCGCUCGCCAGCAAAGCCCAUCCUCGACCAAAGCAAGCAAGCAAGCAGGCCAGCCAGUCAGUCACCUCACGCUGCCGUCCAUACCUGCUGAUAGCCCUGAACCAGCAGACCGCCAAGCAAGCACUGUGCCGUUUGGCAGAUUGCCCCACCACUAUUGGCACCGCUGUGCUGGAGGUGGCAUGGCAUGGUAUGGCAUGGCUGCCAUGCCAUGCACCACCAGUUGA